UCUUUGAUUUUUUAUUUCCUUUGUAAGUUCCAACAAGAGAAAAAAAAGGCAAAAAAAACAAAAAAUGCUUUUUAGAAUUCUCUUUAUAGUAUUAUUAGCCACUUCAUUGUUUGCAACUUCUUGUAAUGGAAAAAAGAAGAUUGGAAAACCAAUAAAACAUGGUCAUGUGAAAAAGAGGACACAAGCAAUUAUUGAUAUACAAUCUUUUGGAGCCAAAGGUGAUGGAAUUUCAGAUGAUACACAGGCAUUUAUAAAGGCUUGGAAGAAGACAUGCAAAACUGAAAAUGGUGUGCUUUUAAUUCCAAGACACAAAAUAUAUUACAUUGGACCAAUUAAGUUUCAUGGUCCUUGUAAGAAAGGACUUAGAAUGAUGAUAAAUGGAGAACUAAGAGCUUCAAAAGAUAUAUCAGAUUAUAAUGAAGAUAAAAGACAUUGGCUUUUAUUCCAAAAUAUGGAAAAUUUUAUAGUUGAAGGUGUUGGAAGUAUUGAUGGCAAUGGACAAAUAUGGUGGAAAAACUCUUGCAAAGUUGAUAAAACUAUUCCAUGCAAUACAAAAACACUAACAGUUCCAACUGCUAUGUCCUUUUAUAAUUGUACAAAUUUGAAAGUGAGAAAUUUAGGGUUUAAAAAUCCACAAAAAAUGCACUUAACAAUUACAAAAAGUGAACUUGUUGAAGUUUCAAGAUUGAAAAUUACAGCACCUUAUGAUAGCCCAAACACUGAUGGAAUUCAUGUUUCGGGGACAAAAGAUAUUGAUAUUCACCAUUCAUAUAUUGAAACAGGUGAUGAUUGUAUCUCAAUAGUAAAUGGAUCCACUAAUGUUAGAGCAAGAUAUAUACAUUGUGGACCUGGCCAUGGAAUAAGUAUUGGAAGCUUGGGUAAAAAUAAAGAGGAGGAUGUUGUUUCAAAUAUUUAUGUACAUGAUGCUACAUUGAGGGGAACAACUAAUGGAUUAAGAAUAAAGUCUUGGCAGGGAGGACGUGGAUAUGCAAAAGACAUUCUUUUUCAAAAUAUACAGAUGGUGAAUGUGACCAACCCCAUAAUCAUUGAUCAAUAUUAUUGUGACCAAGAUAAACCAUGCAAAGAGCAGAAAGAUGCAGUGCGUGUGAGUAAUAUAAUGUUCAAAAAUAUAAAGGGAACGAGUUUCACACAAACUGCAAUUAAAUUAAAAUGCAGCAGAACUGUUCCAUGCAGAGGGAUACAAAUGGAAAAUGUGAAUAUACGUCACGAAGGAGGUUUAACUGUCAAAGCUUUAUGUACAAAUGUUAAAUACACAACAAAGGGGGUGUUAUUCCCAAAAUGCCCUUCCGAGCCGCACCCGUUGUCAUUUUUGCGGAAUUAAUUUUUGUCCUUUCUCCUUUAUACAUGUCCCUUAAUUUCAUUUCUUCAAUUCCUUUUCUCCUUUAGACAAUCAUUGGCAAUUUUAUGGGGGUAAUAGGAAAUUAAAGGAAGUGCAAUUUUAGAA